AUGCUAGCGGAUGGGAAGAUCGACUCGCUAGAUACGCACCUGGAGCAGUUUAAACUCAAUGAUCAGGCCAGGCAAAAUGAUCUAACAAACCUCCUUAGAGAGUAUGGCCAACUACUCGAUGAAUACAAAGACCUAAAGAGAGCCUAUGAACAGAAAGGCAAGGGCACUAUCGCUGCGCCUCCGGGUAUACCUAUACCAACCAUAGCUGCGCCAACAACGGCUCGUAACCCAUAUGUGUUGGUCUUGAUAGACGGCAACAACUACAUCGUCAGUAUCAUCCCAACGAUCAAGUUUCGCGCUAACAGAUUCCAGUUUAACGAUGAAUUUAUUCGCGACAAAGAAGAGGGCGGAAUGCGCGCUGCUCGUAUGCUCAACGACGCCAUAGAAAAGUACCUGCAACAAAGCGUUCCACAGGCCCGAUCCGCUCGCAUACAUGUCAAGAUCUACGCAGACUUGACCAAUCUAUCUAAGCAACUCGCAAGAUCUAAACUCGUCGGUUUGGAAAAGCGAUCGCUGUCUCCUUUCUCCGCUGCAUUCACCCGAGCCAUCAGCCUCUUCGACUUCGUUGAUGCUCUAGACGAAGAAGGCGCCAAAUUCAAGAUCAGGGAACAGUUCAAGAUUGCCUCCGAAGACUCAGCGUGCAGCCAUAUCUUGUACGCCGCUUGCCACGAUCCGGCUUAUCUAUCUCAACUCGUACCCUUCAGUGGUGUACGUGACAAGAUUACGCUUGUCCAAGGCGCUGGAUGGAACUCGGAGUUCCACCAGUUCAACUUGAACGUCACGCAAUUUCCGACUGUCUUUAGAUGGUCGGAACUUCCCGUCACUGUGCCCAACCCGAAAGGCGGUCCAUCCACAGCACCCAAACAAAAGGCACUAGCCGCAGUACAGAAACCAAUACUCACUUCCGGAACACCAACUCCGCGCAAAGAAUCAUGGAGACGAGACGACUCAUUCAGCAUGAGCGACUCCGCCUUCGGCGACCUCUCUCCGGUAGAAUCCAACAGUUUCUUCGACCAAGAACGCGUAGGCUGGGAAGACCGCUCAGCAUACACCCAAACAGCCAAAAAAGGCUCUUCGAAACCGGAAAACAACUCGCAGCUAUGCAAAUACUUCCAAAAAGGAAACUGCCGCUUCGGCAACAAAUGCAACUUCCUCCACAUCCCUAAGGACCUCUCCAAUACAAACGGACCCAGUUCUACGCAACCACCAAGAGGGCCCACAGGAGCGCCAUACCCCUCUCUGCCCCUUUCAUCCCAAUCUUCACAACGAAACAACCCGGAUACCACACCGCUAUCCGCCCUCCUCCCCGCCGCCCCAAUCCCCGGCUUCAUCACCCUAAACACCUCGCACCAACGCCUCGACCCCCACCUCCCCAUGCCUUUACCCUCCGCCUGGAAAACCUACAAUGCGCGCUUCGCCAAAGCAAAACCCUGCAACACAUUCCACCUGCAACAGCGCUGCACCACGCCAAACUGUCCUUUCGAUCACAGCGAACUAGAACCCGAGGCGAGGCAAGUGCUGGAGGGCGUGUAG